CACAGGCCCCAUGGCACAGAAACCGCUCGGCACCGAGGCGGCCCAGCGCAUGAACCUUGUCGCCCAGGACGAAAUCUGGAAAUGUCGUCUGAAGGCUGAAUCUGAAGCGAGGCAAAACUGGCUCCAGAACUGGGGAUUUUUAACAACCCCCUUCAAGGAGUUGAUCGAGGGUGAAGAAGAAGCCCCCACCCCCAAGCCCAGAAUCGAGCUUCCCGAGCGUUUCCGCAUCCGGCCAGUGACCCCAGUGGAGAAAUACAUCAAGAUCCUUCCGUCCCCCCCAGUUCCGAAGACGACUCAGGGCUUCAUCGGCUGGAGGUCUGGGGUGCAAGGCCUGAACAAGUGCCUGGAGCUGGGCAAUGAGAUCAGAAGCUGCAAAGGGGCAUAUGCCAGAGAGCUGCACUGGCCGGAGCAAGGCAUACACUGAGUCCAGACAGGUCUUGGAACCCGGGCAAUGAAUGGUGUGACACCUGGCAUCUGGGGUCUAUGCCCAGGAGAGAACUCCCCAGCAUCCCCAAGGAUAUGGUCCCAUGCAUACUUGCUCAUGGGAUGUUGCAAAGAACACAAAGUAUGCCUUAAACAUUCCAAUUCAUCAGUGCCUCCCUUCUGGAAUGUAUGCAUAACACACUCAUUCUUGACUAAUGUAAUGAAUAAGGCAAAAUACAUUCUCUUUCAUAUA